AUGGGCGGCGAGUACCUGAGCCUCAGCCCGGGUGAGGAGGAGAGGUACUACCAGGAGACCUCGCGCCGGCUGAGAUGUCAGCGUUUACAUCAGGUGAGACAGAAAGAAGACAUUCUCGCCCGAGAGCGGAGGCAGCGAUAUCAGCGCCAAGCCAGGGCAGAGGAGAAGGCCUUCAAAACCGUGGAGGUCCGCGCACAGCUCGUGGCGAAGCGGGCGCAGCUGGAAGGGCUCCUGGAGCUCCGCCGCGCUUGCGAGGCCAGAGCUGGCGCAGCCAUGCGCGAGGCAGAGCUGGCGCAGGCCGAGGCCGACGCUCAGCGUGCCGCCGCCUCAGCCGCGGAGGCUCUCCGCCGCGAAGAGGAAGCAGUGCGUGGCCUCCGUGCAGCACGGGUGCAGCGUGCAGCGCACUCGGCACAGCAGCGGCGAGCUGUUGAGGAGAUGCAGAGAGCUUCAGAGGUGGCUGCCGCCGAGCGAAAGCGCGCACAGCGCGCCGCGUCACUGGGCCGAAUGGCACAGGCAGCGAAGGAGCUGGUUCGGCGCGAGGCGGAGCACCGUGACGUGAAGGCUGCAUCGGCACCCACGGAGGUUGUCGAGGCUGCCACCGAGCUCCCGCGCCGGGCGCCACGGCCCACACCCGAGCAGCGAAAAGCCGCAAGGGCCCGCAGUGCCGCGGCCUGGCGGCGGGAGGAGGUUGCGAAGUGCGAGGAGGCUUCUGCUCGUACCAAAGCCGAAGAUGCCAGGAAGGAGCGCAUGCAGAAGAUCAGCGCCGUGGCCGAGGCCGCAGCAGAGGCUGCCGAGGCAGCACAGCCGCGACAUGGCCCUGUGGAAGAAGCACAGGAGGUCUCUCUCUGCGAAGACUGCAAGGAGAUGCGUGCAGAGUUGGAGCGUCUCUUGUCAUAUCGCACACUGUCCCCACGGGAGCUCAAAGGCCCCUCCAAUUCGGAGCAGCCACCAGCGCCGUGCGCUGACGCGGAGUCCGCGAGCCCCAUAGUUCUGGAAGAAAGUCUGCACGACCUCGGGCCCCCGGGCCCGGGCUCGGAUUCACCGGGUCCGGAGCACACGCUGCGAGUCCUUGACUUUGGCCAGGAGAGUCUGGCGGAGGUCUUGCGUCAUAGCUGCCAGAGCUCUGAGUCUGAGGGGGUGGAGCUGCCUGCCACAUCGGCACAAGUGCUGCUGCCCGGGGCAGAGGUCUUUGCUUCUGAUCCGCUCGACUCACAAAGCUGCGCCGAGCCCUUCUCCACGAGCCCCGAGGACCAUCCGGCUCUUUCCGACGAGAUCCCUGCCACCGACCUGUUCGACGAGUCGACCGAUGAGGUCAAAGGCACCUCCCCCUCGGCAAGUGUCUGGACUGGACUGCCUGGACCUGUUCUGGAGGUACCUUCCAGCUGCGACGCGGAGAGCUCCGAUGAGACCCCUCGCCCGCUGUCAUCGCCAGUGAGACUGCGACCGAAGGAGGAUCCGCCGCCCCACUGCCCGAAUCCGGGCCCGGGCUGCGGUGCGCUGUCCGCCAGCUUCGACUCCGAAAGUGGCCGCCGAUUCGGUGAGGAGGACCUGUCGCGAAGACUUGAUGAGAUCUGCCGGCAGCUUGAUGCGGUCUUCUGA